GCACCACGAGCUACCAUUCCCUUGUAACGCCUAUCGAGUACUCGAGCAAUUUUUCACGAGGCACCGCAGCAGCACUGUGAACAGCCAACAGGAUGUACAUAUACAGCACUACCCGGCCCUACCUCUCUGCCUCUCUUCCGCCCCUCGAAAUCCUCACAUUUGAACAAAAUGCCCCCACCAGCCAUUCUCGAAAGAGCCGCGAGCACCGAAAUCACGUCGCUGUCUCACGACACUAUGGAAGGCUCCAACAUGCUCGGGACCCAUGCUUCAGCCUUCACCUCGGCGCCGUCGUCGACCAGCGUACCCUCUAAUGUGCCAUCCUCAGCACCGCCGCAGAUCACAAUCGCCAUCAUCACCCCUACACAACCACCAGCAUCCGAGCCAACGUCGAAAGCCUCGUAUUCAGGAAGUUCUUUCAGGAUUGCUCACGUUAUCAUUGUUGCUGCCGUGCUGGGCACGCUGGCUGUUCUAUCGGCAAUGUGGAUAAGGCGCAAGCGAAAGAGAAGAGCAAAUCGUGCAGAGGCAGCUGCAGCAGAAAGAUGGCCAGCUCUAACUGUGGAGGAAGAUUUGCCACCGUACAGGAGAUAUGCAGAGAGUAUCAAAUCUGGGACUGGGUCAUUCCUCAAGAAUUGGGUACCAGGACGCAAGAACUAAUAGGUCGAAGCCAGGCACAUCAGAGAUACAGCCCAUUACCACUAUGAUUAUUAUUUCUUCUCCACC